AAAAAAAGGUAAAGAUUUUGACAGAUUUUGACAAGACGGGGUGCUUGGAAUUGAUUUGCAAAUUUUCCGAAUAUUCAGAAAAAAAUCUGUGAAAUUGCAAAAAAAUCUAAUAAUAAAAUGGGUGGUUAAUAAAGUAUAAAUUACAUUGAAUUCAAAAUGAAGGUGUCCCUCGCCCAGUCGCACCCUGUUUACAAAGAAGGCAGACACCAUCAUGGAGUUACUCCAGGCAGUAUGCAGGAGAAGUGGAACUUAAAACAUGACACUUCAAUAUUUAUCACAGAUCACACCCAAGCGUCUUCACAUAGGAAAUUUUUGAGGCGAUGGAAUCAACUGUCUCGCCUGCAAAGGUCGAUAGUUUAUGCUGUACUUGUGAUUAUUAUAACUGUAUUAGUAUUGUUAUACUCUUCAAAAUUCAGGGAUGAUAAUGUAAAUAAAAGUGAUAAAAACAAAGUGGAUCCGGAACCUGUGAAAAAUGUGUCUCUAGUCAAAGAACCAAUAGCAGCACCAGCAGCUAUUGUUCAACCCGUGAAAACUAUUAUAAAAAGUGAACACAAUGAAAGGCCUACUUUCACCGGUCCAACUACGGAACGUCAAGUGGCAGUUGUGCAGAGUUUUAAACAUGCUUGGAAAGGUUACAAGGAACAUGCAUGGGGCCACGAUAACUUGAAACCAGUUUCAGGCAUGGCCUCGGACUGGUUCUCUCUUGGUCUGACUAUUGUUGAUGGACUUGACACGGCUUAUAUUAUGGGACUUAAGCAAGAAUUUGAGGAAGGCAAGCAGUGGAUUAAAGAUCAAUUGAUUUUCACAAAGAAUAAGGAUGUAAAUUUCUUUGAAGUUACUAUACGAGUGCUUGGUGCAUUGCUGACCAAUUAUCAUUUUACUCAAGAUGAGAUGUUCCUUGAAAAAGCCAAAGAUUUAGGCGAUCGUUUGAUGGCGGCGUUCUCCUCGCCGUCCGGUAUACCGUACUCCGACGUGAACCUCGGCACUCGCAUGGCGCACGCGCCUGAGUGGUCUCACUACAGCACCACAGCUGAGGUCACCACUGUUCAGUUAGAAUUCCGAGAAUUGUCCAGGGCAUCGGGCAAUCCUGUGUUUGAGGAUGCGGCGUCAGCAGUGUCCGAGAAGAUCCAUCAGUUGCCAAAAAAGCACGGCUUGGUGCCGAUAUUCAUAAACCCGAACACCGGCCACUUCCUGCCCCACGCCACCAUCACCCUCGGCGCUCGUGGCGACAGCUACUACGAGUACUUACUCAAGCAGUGGCUACAGACCGGGAAGACCAUCAAUUAUUUGUUGGACGACUACAUGACUGCAAUAGAGGGCGUUCGCGAGUUUCUUGCUAAGCGGUCGUCGCCUAAUAAACACUUGUUUAUUGGCGAGCUAUCGGCCGGGUCAGAGUCAUUCAAUCCAAAGAUGGACCACCUGACGUGUUUUUUACCGGGCACGCUGGCGCUGGGCCACGCUAACGGCCUGCCCGACUGGCACAUGAAGAUGGCGGAGGAACUCCUCUACACCUGCUACCUGACGUACGCGGCGCAUCCCAGUUUCCUGGCUCCGGAGAUCACACAUUUCAACCUGGCGAGUGCUACUGACGAUAUGUAUACGAAAACGGCUGACUCCCACAACUUACUGCGUCCUGAGUUCGUCGAGAGUCUUUGGUAUAUGUACCAGAUUACUGGAAACACCACAUUCCAGGAUUGGGGAUGGCAAAUUUUCCAGAGCUUAGAAAAAUAUGCGAAGGUGCCCAACGGUUACACAUCGCUGGCCAACGUGAAAUCCGAGAAACCUUUACAGCGAGACAUGAUGGAGACCUUUUUCCUUUCUGAAACGCUUAAAUACCUGUACUUACUAUUUAGCGACGACAGGUACAUAAUUGACUUAAAUAAGUACGUCAUCAACUCUGAAGCACAUCCUCUGCCAAUACACAAAAAUUAGAUGACUGAAAUGACUGAACUAUGUUUUAAACUAUACCUAUUGGUGUGUAGUGUGUGCAAUUUAAUCUUUCGACUGCGUGACGUAGUGCCUUACGUCACCACAGACUAGUUGUGUUAAGCCUAAGCUAAUGGCUUCACUUGAUGUUUGUAUUUGUUCUAGUUGAACUUUGACUUUGACUUCAGUCAACACAUAAUAUUAUAAAUUUGACAUUGAUGAAAUACCAAUUAAAAACUCUCAAACUUAACAAUCAAUUCAAUCUGGCUUCAUUAUAUUGGCCAUACUGAGGCAUACGCUACGUCUAUUUAGUCGUACUACGACAAUUUCUUUCAAGUGAAAUAAAUUUUAAUCUAAGUGGCAAGAGCCUUGGGAAUACAUUAAGUAGUGGUAACUAUUGUACUUAGUACAAUUAAUGUACGUUAUGUGAAGUCCGUUUUAGCUUUGUAUUGCAUUUUCGUACUGGUAUUUCAGAUCUUAUUUAUUUACAAAUCAAAAGUUAAAACUUUUGGUCUGGUUUUUACUUAAUUUUAAAUAUUUUAUAGAAACAGCUAGUAGUCAUAUCUGUUGUUCCUUCAAAUGUAAUCAAUAAAUGAGUAGGAAACAGUCAGUAUUCAUGGUCCACCCACAGUAACUUCUCUUGAUGACUCCGUAAUAUAAUUAUUCGUUUGAAAGGUUUAAUGCGUACCUGUGCGUAGUGCGUAAUUGAGUUACUUAAAUAUGUUAUAAUUUAUUACCACAAAUAAUUUUAGUGAACGGCCAAAUCUUUUAAUAGAUUCAGUGUGUUUUCUAAUUUAAUGUAAAGAUUGCGAUACAAGGACGAUAAAAUUAUACAUUUUUAAGCAUAUUGCUAGUGUAAAUAUAAAAUGAUUAUUUUAAAUCUGUAUACGAAGGUGAUGCCUCGCCAUUUUGUAUUAAAUUAUUCGUUCCAAAGAGCGAGCCAUAUCUCUUUUUAAGAAAAACCUACUUUUGAGACUUAUUUAGUCUCGUAAAAAUAUUCAUAUUGAUUUAUUUGCGAUAUUAUUGACGAGCGGAAUAAAGUAUAAACCAAUAUACUUAUUUUAAUUACAAUUUUAUUUGUGUUCGUAAUCGGGUAGCAUAAAAAACUGACUUGUUAUACAUCUUUGUUUUGAUAAUCCUAGUCUAUGGUUUUACUUAUGGUCAAGGAGAGGAUAUCAAAAUUGUUGUUUAUAGUUUUAAGUAGAUUUUAUCUUUGAUGAAAAUACUUACAUUUUGUUUAUGUAAAGUAAAUAAGAUUUCGUCCACUUGUUUACUGGAGCUGUAGUUAAAUUUAGUAAAAUGUACUUUAAAAUAACUAUGUUUUUAUUGAUAUAAUGAAGGAGUUAUUUUUAUCUUAAAAAUCUGGUUGCUUAUUCAUAUUGCUUUAUAUUUUUUCUUCUAUCACUACUUAAUUGAUUUGUUUAUUAUAAUUGUAAGUAGGUAACGGACGACAUGUAAAUAAGUAUUAAUAUGUAUUGUUUGUUAUAUUUAUUGUUUUAAUUAAUAAUUUGACAUUGAAUUCAAGAAUAAUGUAUGUGUAUAUUGUGUAAUAAUGAAAUUACUUGCAUUUAUAUAAUAAUGCGUAAUAUUUGUAAGUGCAAUAUCGUUAUUUAACGAUUUUGGAAUCUUAUUUGUAAUAUUAGGAAAUGCGGAACUGAUUAUAUGAAGCGUGGUGUCUUAGAUUUGAACAGAUUGCAUUGCAGAUAUCUCAGUGUAAUGUGUAUUGUAUUGUUUUCAUGACUAUCAGUAGUAUGUUAAUGUAAUUGAAAUUUAUAAAAUGUACCAAAAAAUUAGAAAAAUAUUGUAGUAAAUUGAUGUCAAGAUUACAUUGUAUGAUAAUAUUUAAUGUUUUAUAUAACUCUGUCUUCUUUUUUAUUUAGUCAUUUUUAUAAGUUUAAAUUUCGACGAUAAUUAUUUUAGUUACCAAAACUAGUUUCAUUUUUCUAUGGAUUUAUACAGCGACGACUUGCAGUUGGAUUUUAAUCAAUAGUUAGGCAUUUAAGCGGAGUCCUUACUGAGUACUCCGUGUUCUUAAAUACGUAGGUCCUAUUUGAUAUUUAAAUGUUAGCGUUAUAGGCAGGCAGUAGUAGUUUAAUUAAUUGUCUACAUCAAUAGAAUAUUUUUCAAUUUCAUUGUUUUAAAUUUUAAUAUUUUAUUCGAUCAUUUACGGUAAAUCAUGUCAUAAUACCCAAAUUCAAAAUAUAAAUUAGAUUUUAAUUUUUAUAUUUUUGUACACCUUUUUAAAUUAACAAAGAAUAAUACAUAUUUUCAAUUUGAAUUUAAUCAAAAGAUUGUGAAAUUAGAUUAGCCUUGUGUAAAAUAAUUAUAGGUAGAUGGAUACUCUUAUUUGUUUAUCACACAAAAUAAAGUUAAUACAAGUUGGAAUAGCACAAUUAAGGCGAUGUACUCGCUAGGAAGCGAUCGUGUGGAUAGUAGUUGAAAGGAAAAAGCGGUGAAGAAUUAUCCGACUAUAAUUAUUAUUUUUUAAGAUUAUUUAUUAAGACUUCCAAUCCGACUCUUAUGUUGUGCCGUAUAAUACUGGUUGUAUUAAAUGUACAAUUUAAAAUAAUAAUUAUAUAUUAAUUCACAAUA